UUGCAACAGAUUUCUCUAGUUAAUUAUAAGUUAGUAUUAUCUUAUAAAAUAAGAAUAUACUCAGUUUUUCAUAUCUUACUGCUAGAAUUAGAAAUAUUAGCAGAUAAUAUAGCAGAAGUGAAAAAUAACGAACUAGAGUAUAAGAUAGAAAAAAUCCUUAAGCAUAGAAAUACAAACAGCACAAGAAAAUAUCUUAUCAAAUGA